AGUCUGUGAAUGUGCAAGAAGAGAUUGGGUUAAGGUUUAUGUAGAUUUAAAAGUUUCUGGUGUAUUUUGAGGAUAAUGCUAGGAUAAAUUUUUAGUUUGUUUCUAUAUUGUUUUGUAACUUUAAUGAAAACGAAAUAAAAUUAAUUUAUCACCAUGAAUAAGGAUGCCGAAACUAUGUCCUCGGAGACAACGCAAGUCAGCUCUUUACCAAUGCCUCCAAUGCAAUACAUUAAUUUCUACACAGACGAAAAUGUUCGAAGAAAUAGAGCACCGUUGCCACCGAGACCUAUACACGAUUCGUAUUCUAUGUUUGGACAUCCGUUUAACGCUGACGAUACUAUCAUUCGAUCACUAGAAAGCCAGGGGUUUCGACGACUUUAUCCUGUUCAUUUUGAAAGAAGAAGGGAAUUAAAAAAACUUAAUCAUUCUUUGUUGGUCAACUUCCUAGACCUUUUGGAUUUAUUGGUACAUUGCCCAGAUUCCCCUAAAAGGGCUGAGAAGGUGGAAGAUCUAAGUUUACUUUUCAUCCAUAUACAUCACCUACUCAAUGAGUUCAGACCACAUCAGGCUCGUGAAACUUUAAGAGUCAUGAUGGAGCUUCAGAAACGCCAGCGUGUUGAAACUGCUACAAGAUUUAAGAAACAUCUGGAUAAAGUGCAAGACAUACUUCAGAAUGCACUUCAAAGUUUACCAGAUCAAAAUGAACUAGAUUCAAAUUUCAAGGUGCCUAUUGAAAUGUUGGAGCAUAUGGACUACAGUAUUAAUGAAAGCACGAAUACAGACCCUUGCUAUGAACUUGAUAGAAUAAUGUGUAAUGUUGUUGAUAAUAUGAGAUAGCUCUUUCGGUGAUAAGUAAUAUAUGUUUAUUCUUUCAUUAAGUUACAUCGAAUUAUUUUAUUAGCUUGUCUUUUAAAAAAUCUACUUUCUUAUUUGGCUUGAAAACUUAAUCUUUAUUUGAAUGAACAGAUUUAUAAAUAAGAUUUAAAAUAUAAAUGAAUAUUAGACAACAUCGCAUACAUUGCUUGGAUUCUAAGAAGACUAGCUAAAACCCUUGGAGUAUCUGAGACAAUAAAAGUAACCCAACACCCAAACUUGAGAUAACAUGGAAAAGUUUAUUUUCUACAUUGAUCCAACUGGGAAUUGAACCCGGGACCUCAGAGAUGGCAACACCUUGAAACCGCUGUGCAAACCACUGCUACUUAGGACUUUAUAUAGAAAUUAGGUGCCUGUAAAACUUGAACAUCCAUUGCUAAUAUUAAUAAGUUAUUCAUUUUAUAUAAGUGCACGAAAGUAAGUAAUAGCUCUGUUCUAAAUUUGGAAUGUAAUGUCACAGACAACCAAUAUGGAAACUGCCCCACCUGCCCAAACUAACAUCGUGCUGCAUUGUUAGAUACAUAGUAUUUUCCUAUUAGUAUGUUUUUGAUAGCUUAGACCACACAAGAGAAAAAAGUCUGUCUCUCUGUAAUACUAACUGCUUUAUUUUUAUAUAAUUGCUUUAUUUUUUAGGUCCUAGCAGUAUUUUAGAAAAAUUUCAUUUAAAUCAAUAUUUUUGAGUACAUAGAUGUUGAUUACUAUUCAAUUACUCAAUUAGUUAAUCAAUUACCAUAUUGGUGAAAUAAACAUAACUAACCUAAAAGACAUUUAAAUUAUAAUGUGUAGUUUAUUUUCUGACAUAAUACAUUGAUGUUGCAUAGAUGCUUCGAUCAACAGUAUAGAUGUAAACUUUUUGUAACUACACUACGAUUUCCCUCUUCACAUAUGCUCGGACAAUAUCUAUUACGAUUGAGUUUUUUGAAUUUACCCCAUUUUUUUGCUUGUUUUGUAUCAUGAAUUGACAGAAAUGUUUUGGACCGUUAUGUAGUAAAGAUUUUUUUUAAAUACCUACAUAUAAGCUGAAUUCUGUAUGUAUUGUACACAGUUUAAUACAUAAUUAAAGAAACUGUGCAGUAC